AUGAAAAAAGUUGAAACCAGACAAGAAACCUUUCAAGACCUCGAUUUAACUCAAGAAGAAGUAGACUACAUGAGAGAACAAUUUCACAUUAUGGAUCGUGCCAAUAUUGGGGCGGUAAAUAUCCACGAACUCCAUAGCUUGUUAGAAGCAGUUGGUGAAAGUCCAUCAGAUGAUAAAAUGGUAAAGAUUAUCUCCUUCGUUGAAGGAAGAGGUGUGACAAAAAUCGAUUUGCAAACAGCCUUAAGAGCUUGGAGCUAUUUAAAAGAGCUUAAUUUGAAAGAUGAAGAAGAAGUCGACAUCGAUAUCGUCAAUACUUUUGUUGCAAUGGGAGGAAAUAUUGAUAGAACUGGAGUUGUGAAGAAACAAAAACUGAUUGAUAUUAUUAAAGUUGAAUUUGGACUCACUAUUGACAUUGAGGCUAUGUUUGAAGAAGCUGGAUUAGAUGUUGAGGAUGACUUGAAUUUUUAUGAUUUCACAUGUUUAUUAGAGUCUGGAGGAUCGCAAAGAGCGAGCAGGAUUUGUUCUUUUAUAUCUAUGGCAUCCUUGGGAUAA